AUGGGAGCAAAGUAAUGUUGUGGUUCAUAAAUAUUCAUCCGCACCUCUUAAUCAAUUUCAAAUUAGAUAUCUUAGGAAAGUUAAUUUACAAAUGAUAUUGAUGUUUUAAGAAAAGCUAUCAUCUAGCCUAUCAAACCUUUACCUUUAAACAGACUUGAGAGCUUAAAAGAAGUAAGGGAUGAAGAUAUCGAUGAUAUAUUUAAUCAUUUUAAUGAGUUGGAGAAGGAAUGA